AUGGACUACCGAGUAGGCAAAGAGACUCGAGGCGUCUUUGUAUCCUAUGUACCACCGCCGCGCUUGGCCCGCGCGUCUUUUCAUCGUACCUGCUCGGCCUACAGCACCUUAUCUGCGACGGAUAGGUCCCAGAAGCCCUCUGCCGCAAGAUUCGCAGGCUGUGCUACGCGUCUAUCUACGACCGUCGUCGCACUCGGGUCCCGUAGAGUGUCCGCCGCGACUACGUCUCUCCUCGUCGACGCACCGAGCCUCCUGAGGAAUUCGUUGCAUAGCUCACCUUUCCCCUCCCGUACCCACAUCCGCGCGCUCACUAUUGCUUUCCGUACGAUGCAUGACGCAUCCAGCACGACCGAUGGUCACGUCGCCGGGACUUCGGAGGUGCUGUCGGACGCACGAUCUCAAUCCCCGGGAAGCUCAAAGCCGAAUGUGGUGGCCGCGGCCGAGCAAGCGUACGCUUCUUACAAGAAGACGUGGAACGUGGACCAGCUGAAAACCGCCAUAACGCUAUUACAACAAGCGGUGAACAACGCCCCCGAACCAGACGCGUAUCUGCUAGGCGAGCUAGGGCACUGUCUAGAUCUAUAUUACGAGGCUCGAGGGAACCUUGACGACCUCCAGCGAGCCAUCGCGGCAAAGCAAAGCGCCCUGCAACUCGUCCCAGACGGUCACCCCGACAGGGCUUUGCAUCUGCACAAUCUCAGCGUCUCAUUGCAAAGACGCGUCGAAUCCCUUGGCUCGAGUGACGACCUCGCAAGCGCCAUCGAAAUGCAACUGCGUGCAGUCGACCUUACUCCGGAUGACGAUCCCUACCUGCCAGCGAGGCUUGACGACUUGGGGCACCUCCAGGAUCUACGUUUCCGGCGUUUCGGAGAGCUGGAAGAUCUCGAGAGCGCCAUCUUGAAUUCACAGCGUGCAAACGAGCUGACUCCAGAUGAUCAUCCCGACAAAGCCACCGGGCUGCACAACCUCGCACAGUCCUUGCGCGGACGCUUCGAGCGCCUCGACGACCCCGCCGACCUCGAGCGGGCUAUCACGACGCAACGCCGCGCAGUCAAACUUGCUCCGAACGGCCAUCCCGACCUGUCAAUUCACCUCGAUAACCUCGGCUCUUUGCAGUGGCUGCGUUUCAGACGUUUCGGAGAGCUCGAAGAUGUCGAGAGCGCCAUCUCGAAUGAAGAGCGUGCAAACGAGCUGACCCGUGAUGAUCAUCCCGACAAAGCGAAGCGGCUGCACAACCUCGCAUGGUCCUUACGCAGUCGAUUCGAGCGUCUCGACGACCUUGCCGACCUCGAGCGGGCUAUCAAGACACAAUACCGCGCAAUCGAGCUUACCCCGAAUGACCAUCCCGACCUGGCAAAUCGACUCGGCGACCUCGGCUCUUUGCAGUGGCUUCGUUUCGAACGUUUCGGGGAGCUCGAAGAUAUCGAGAGCGCCAUUUCGAAUGAACAGCGUGCAAACGAGCUGACUCCUGAUGAUCAUCCCAACAAAGCUACAUGGCUGCACAACCUCGCAUCGUCCUUACGCAGUCGCUUUGAGCGUCUCGACGACCCCGCCGACCUCGAGCAGGCUAUCACGAUGCAACGCCGCGUUGUCGAGCUUACCCCGAGUGACCAUCCCGAACUGCCAAAUCGGCUCGACGGCCUUGGCUAUCUGCGACUACUUCGGUUUCGACACUUCGGGGACCUCAAAGACAUUGAAGGUGCCAUUUCGGAGCGGAAACAAGCAGUGAAGCUUGCUGUGGAUGGCCAUCCCCUCAAAGCUACCCUGCUGCGCAAUUUGGCGGUGUCUCUGGAUGAGUACUUUCGCCAAGAUCGGACCAUGGAACAUUUCACAGAAGCACUCUCCUGUUACACGGAAGCUGCCUCUCAGCCGUUGGACUCACCGAACUCGCGUCUUGUAACAGCCAAGUAUGUGGUAAUUUUCCUCGAUAAUAACCCUGGGUUCAGCACAGCCGAGAUGCUAUUACUCGCCCACUCUCGUGUUCUCGAUGUUCUCACCGAGGUCGUUUGGCUCGGAUACAGCAUGCAACGUCGCCUGGAGGAGUCUCGGAAGCUCGGCCAACUUGUCAGCUCUGCCGUGUGUGCUGCCGUCAGAGUCGAUGCUUUGGUAAAAGCCGUGGAAUGGAUGGACGCAGGAAGAACGGUGAUAUGGACGCAGACGAUGUCGUUGCAUAGUCCUCUUCACGAGCUGCAACAGAUCCUGCCGGAUCUCGCGCGAUCUCUCGAAGACGUGCACAAACAGCUGCAGCGUUCUACUCAUUUUUUGUCUCAUAAGCAUGGUGUUCGUGUACACGAGAGCCAUGGCGAUUCAGAGGCGGAUCACCAUCGCGGCUUGGCUAUCAAGUACGGCAGGCUCAUUGCAGAGAUCCGUCAUCAUCCCGGAUUAGAACGCUUCAUGCGUCCUCCUAAACUGUCGACUCUUCUUCCAAUCUGCGCGUAUCUCCGUGGACCCGUCGUGUUCUUGAACAUCGAUCGUUCCCGCUGUGACGCUUUGGUGCUCUUACCGGAUAGGACCAUACGUCCUGUUCCUCUGCCCAACCUUUCCCUCGAUAAAGCAGAGAGGAUACGGACUCAAUGGGUAGCCUAUCUUCAACAACGUGACGUACGCCAGCGCAUGGCCACUUGUGUGAAUCGUAGCUCCGAUGGGACCGGGGCGGCCAUUCGCAUACUGGGCUGUCUAUGGAGGUGGAUUGUACAACCCAUCUUAUCUGCACUGGAGAUCUUAGACCUGCCGAAGGAGGGACGUCUCCCACACAUCACUUGGUGCCCGUCUGGACCGUUAACUCAGUUACCGAUUCACGCCGCGGGUAUAUAUGACGAAGAGUUCGGGCCACACGCGUACGACUUCGUGGUGUCUUCCUACACCCUGUCGCUUUCGACACUCACGCGCAGCAUCAGUGCUCUCGCACAACAGCAUGCUUCGUCGCCGUCGGGUAUCAUAGUGGUCACACAGCCCGAGACGCCGGGGUUGCGGUCUCUGCCCGGUACCACGCUCGAGGGGGAGCGGCUGCGCAACGUCUUUGCUAAUAGGCCGGAAGUCGUCUCCGUCUUGGAUGGGAAGGCGGCAACCACUGUCACAGUGAAAGAGGCGUUGAGUCAGCGACCAUGGUUGCACCUCGCCUGCCACGGAUCGCAGGACAUCACCGACCCGCUCAAGAGCGCAUUCGCUCUCCAAGAUGGUCCACUGUCCCUGCUCGACCUGAUGAACACGACGGCGGACGACGCCGAGCUCGCCUUCCUCUCCGCGUGUCAAACAGCCGUGGGCGACGAGAAGAUCCCCGAGGAGUCGAUGCACCUGGCGGCGGGGAUGCUCGCUGUCGGCUUCAAAGGCGUCAUCGCGACGAUGUGGUCGAUCCGGGAUGACGACGCGCCGCUCGUCGUCGAGGCGUAUUACACGAAGCUUCUCGAGCUUCGCGCGUCCGGAACGCUUGACGCCAGCGAGACUGGUGCGGCCUACGCACUUCAUGAGGCCGCGAAGAUGUUGAGGGAGAAGAUCGGGGAGAAGAAUGUUUUACGGUGGGCGCCGUUCGUGCACUUUGGUGUUUGA